AUGGAACUUUCAUGUUCUUCGUCCCCGCUUUCGAUUCAUUCCACGAUUCCUCGAGUUUAUCUCCACAAUCACCGUAGAAAUGUCGCGUCUUUAUGGCCCAACUGCCAUCCUUCUUCUUCUUCUUCUUCUUCAUCGUCUUCUGUUAGCUCAAACACCGCAUCUACUAGCUCAUCUGGGUCGUCCUAUUUUGGGAUUUCAAUUUCUAACAAAACCCGGAAAUUGAAUUCGGCUAAAUACGCAAAGUCAAGCAGAAUUUCGAAGUCAAAACGAUCGUUUUAUAUUGCUUGCGGGGUGUUUGAGAAAUUUACGGAGAGAGCUGUGAAAGCAGUUAUGUUUUCGCAAAAAGAGGCUAAAGCUUUAGGGGCUGAUAUGGUGUUUGCUCAGCAUCUUUUGCUAGGACUCAUCGCAGAGGAUCGUGGUUCUGGGGGAUUUUUGGGCUCUGGGAUUAAGAUUGAUGCAGCACGCCAAGCUGUAAAGAGUAUUUGGCAUGGCGGUAGUGAUGCCGAGGCUGAUGAGACCGUUCGGGGAGCUGAGCUAACAGAGGUGGCCUCAGCCACUGAUGUGCCGUUUUCACCGAGUGCGAAACGGGUGUUUGAGGCAGCAGUAGAGUAUUCGAGGUCGAUGGGAAAUAACUUUAUUUCACCCGAACAUCUUGCAAUCGGAUUGUUUACGGUUGAUGAUGGAAGUGCUACUCGUGUUCUUAAGAGAUUAGGGGGAAAUAUAAACUUCUUAGCUGCAGAGGCCAUGAUGAGAUUAGAAGGAGAGCUUGUCAAGGAUGGCAGAGUGCCACCUGCUGCACUCAAGCGGUCUCGUGAAAAUGCUGCAGCUGGGAAGACCACCCUUGCAAGAACGUCUCCAAAAGCGGAUGAUAAGAAAAAAACUGCAUUGGAUCAGUUUUGUGUGGAUCUUACAGCUCGUGCCAGUGAGGGCCGUAUUGAUCCGGUGAUUGGCCGAGACACUGAAGUCCAAAGAAUUGUCCAGAUACUCUGCAGAAGAACAAAGAAUAAUGCUAUUCUUUUAGGUGAAGCAGGAGUUGGUAAAACAGCAAUUGCUGAAGGUCUGGCUAUAAAAAUUGCAGAAGGAAAUGUGCCAGUCAGUCUCUUGACAAAGCGUAUAAUGUCCUUGGAUAUAGGUCUAUUAAUCGCAGGCGCAAAGGAGAGAGGUGAACUGGAGGGCCGUGUUACGGCAUUACUUAAGGAGGUGAAAAAGUCAGGCAAUGUCAUUGUUUUCAUUGACGAGGUCCACACGCUUAUUGGUUCUGGGACAGUAGGACGGGGAAAUAAGGGGUCUGGUCUUGACAUCGGAAAUUUAGUGAAGCCAGCACUUGGUCGGGGUGAAUUGCAGUGUAUUGCUUCCACAACCAUGGAUGAAUUCAGAUUACAUUUUGAGAACGACAAAGCAUUAGCUAGAAGGUUUCAGCCUGUCUUUAUUAAGGAGCCUACACAGGAGGAUGCAGUUCAGAUACUGCUGGGAUUACGUGAAAAAUACGAGUCCCACCACAAGUGUAGAUACACAUUAGAGGCCAUAAAUGCUGCUGUGACUCUGUCAGCUAGGUAUAUCACCGAUAGGCAUCUCCCUGACAAAGCCAUUGAUCUUAUGGAUGAAGCAGGAAGUAGAGCUCGUAUGGAUGCCCAUAAAAGGAGGAAGGAACAACAAACUUCAAUUCUUUCAAAACCACCUAGUGAUUAUUGGCAGGAAAUCAGAGCUGCCCAAGUUAUGCAUGAGCAAGUACUGGAUAGUCCAUUCAGGGAAGAAAAUAUACCAUCCAACACGUCAGAAUAUGUGCUGCCAUCCAACCAUAUAGAUAAUGAUACAAAUGUAGUUGGACCAGAGGAAAUAGCAGCAGUUGCUUCUUUAUGGUCAGGCAUUCCUGUUCAGAAGCUUACUGCUGACGACCGCAAGCUCCUUAUCGGUCUUGAUGAACAGCUUAAGAGAAGGGUAGUUGGUCAAGAUGAGGCUGUUGUUGCCAUUGCUCGUGCCGUAAAAAGAUCCAGGGUUGGCCUGAAGGACCCAGAUAGGCCAAUUGCUGCAAUACUCUUCUGUGGCCCAACCGGUGUUGGCAAAACUGAAUUAGCUAAAGCAUUAGCAGCAUCCUACUUUGGUUCGGAGACGGCCAUGUUAAGGUUGGACAUGAGUGAAUAUAUGGAAAGGCAUACUGUGAGUAAGUUAAUAGGAUCACCACCUGGUUAUGUUGGCUACGGCGAGGGAGGUACUCUUACAGAAGCUAUCAGGAGGAAACCAUUUACUGUUGUCCUGCUUGAUGAGAUUGAGAAAGCGCAUCCAGAUAUUUUUAAUAUUCUACUACAAUUGUUUGAAGAUGGUCAUCUUACAGAUUCCCAGGGUCGAAGAGUAUCUUUCAAGAAUUGUAUGAUAGUGAUGACUUCUAAUGUGGGUUCAAGUGCCAUUGCAAAAGGAAGACAAAACACAAUUGGCUUUUUACUUAAUGGUGAUGUCAACACCUCAUAUGCCGGAAUGAAAGCGUUGGUUAUGGAAGAGUUGAAGGCUUAUUUCCGUCCUGAAUUGCUAAACAGAAUAGAUGAAGUGGUGGUAUUCCGUCCUCUUGAAAAGUCUCAGAUGCUAGAGAUAUUGAACCUGAUGCUCAACGAAGUAAAAACCAGGAUUGUCUCCUUAGGAAUUGGUUUGGAGGUGUCGGAGACGGUUAUGGACCUUAUAUGUCAGGAAGGUUUCGACAGAAGUUAUGGCGCCCGGCCUCUGAGGCGGGCGGUAGCUCGCAUAGUUGAAGAUCCCUUGAGUGAGUUUGUACUUUCGGAAGCAUACAAGCCCGGAGAUGUUGCAGUUAUUCAUCUGGAUGACACAGGAAACCCGGUGGUCAGCAACAAAUCAAGCCGGAGUAUCCAUUUGUCCGAUACAUCCUCAAUCUUGUAG